UCUGCCGCUUGAGCUUUCGCUUUUCGCCGACCGACAUUUUUCCGUCUGUUAAGCUCGACCGGGAGGGAGAGAGAGCCGUCGAACGAAGCGUUCCUUUUUUCCUUUUUUUUUCCUUUCCGGCAAAAUUUUUCACCUGCUUUGUUUUUUUUUCUUUCGUUCCUUUUGUGGGUUUUUGCACUCUACAGCUCACUGUAUUUUCGUGUUCUGUCUCUCUCUCUCUCUCUCUCUCUCUCUCUCUUUUACUUGAAUGAAGUAUAUUCGAAGCCGAGGAAAAAGCGAUAGAAAGCUGCGCGUGUUUUUAUUUCAAAAAUGGUGAUAGUGAGGGUUUUCGGAUAGCGAGCCGUUUUUUCGGUGAGUGAAGGAAACUGGUGUUGAGUAGGAAAUCAGUGUAGUGCGCCGUAGUGCCGAAAAUCGUACGGACGAGCAGUGAAUCAUCGAUAAAAGAGUGAGACUUCCGUGUGAAAAGUGUACGUCAAAGUCUAAACGUUGUGUAAAUUUAUGUUUUCCGUGGCAGUGGCACAUUAAUACGUGGUCGUUUAUGAAAAAGUACCAAUUAUUUAAAUGAGUACAUUACGCAAAAGCUUUAAAGAAUAUUUUAAUUCAUAUGCUAAGCAAUUGAGAAAUAAAUCGUGUUUGUAAAUAUGAUGGAUUAAUUUGAAUGUAAAUAGAGACGAGUGUAAUGUAAUGAUUGAAAGAUCAGUGCCAAAGUAAGGACUUUGUAAAUUUACCGACAGUUGUUUUAGUGGAUAAUUAAAAUCUAGCGUUGCGCAAGCUUCCCCUGGCAGUACAAAUGUGAAUCCAAUAAAAAAUGACAGGCCCUGGCAGCUUACGAAAAUCCACUGCAUCGCUGUCGGUGCUAUUACUGCUGCUGGCAGCCAGUCUGUACACGGGUAGCAGUGGCUUUCGCGUUCGUGAAAAUUCGGAUAUUUGCACCAAUGAAAAAUGCUCGGCGUCGGCUUCGUCGUCAACUCCUUGGGCAUCGUCCGGUGUGAGACCUAAACGCGGUUUCGGGACUGUCAGUACGCGAGGCAGUUUUGCUAAGCUUCCAAAUAAGGAAGCCGAUGAAGCCCAAGACGAGGAGAAUAGCGUUGUAGAAAAACGCACGAUUUCAAAAUGGAAAGAAAAGAAAACUAGGACUUGGUCUAAGUUGACGAAAAGUGAAAGUGACGAGUUAAACGAGUACAAUGUUGAGGACAAGGUGGAUAGUGACGAUGAAUCGAUACAAGUUGAGAUAGAAGACGAUGCCGAUGAUGAAGAGGAGGUGGUGAUUGAGGAUGAAGAAGAAAGUGAUGAGUCCCAAGAAAAAGCGUCGUUGGAAGAAGAAACAAACGAAUCUGAAAAAGAAUCAGGAAGACGUUUGAACGAAGAAAAAACGAAUAAAGUGAAAGGAGAAGAAGAAAAACGCAAAAAAGAAGAAGAAAAGUUGAGGAGGAAAGAGGAAUUGGAGAAGCAAAUGAAACUGGACGAAGAAAAAAGGAAAAAAGAGAAGGAGUUGGAAGAGAAACGGAAGCAAGAAGAAGCCGAAAGGAAGAGAAAAGAGGCAACUGAAAGGAAAUUAAAAGAGGAAGCUGAGCAAAGAUUGAGAGAAGCGGAGCGAAAACGUAAAGAUGAAGAAGAACGUAAACGCAAAGAAGAGGAACGUCGACGGAAAGAAGAAGAACGGGUACGUAAAGAAGCGUUAGAGCAAGAACGCAGGAAGGAAGAAGAGCAAAGAAAACGUGAGGAAGAAGAACGAAAGUUGAAAGAGAUGGAGGAACAAAAAAGGAAGGAAAAAGAGCUGAAAGAAUUAGAAGAAAGGCGACGACAAGAGGAGGAAGAAAAGCGAUUGGACGAAGAGCGUCGAAUAAAGGAAGACGAGGAACGACGGUUACGGGAAGAGGAGGAAUGCCGUUUGGCCGAAGAAGAGGAGGAACGGUUGAAAGCCAUAGAGGAACGUGUUUUGAGAGAGGAGCAGGAGCGGAAGGAGCGCGAGGAAGAAGAAGAACGGAAGAUGAAAGAGUUAGAGGCGGAAAAAGAGAGAAAAGCAAUAGAGGAGGCUGAAAAGCUCAAAAGUGACGAGGAAGAUGAGGAGAUUGAGAAAAAGAGGGAUGCCCUAGAAGAUAAAAAAAGGGUUCAAAGAUUGAAAAAGGAGGCCGAAGAAAAAAAGAUGCGAGAAGGAAAGGAAAGGAAGAAACCAAUUAAUGCGAAGAAAAAUACUGGUGAUUUAGGAAAUGAGAGUGAAGACGAUGAAGACGAAGAUAGCGAAGAUGAAGAAGACGACUCACUUGAUGUGAAGAAAACCGUAGAAAAUUUAAGAUUUGUUGACACAGACACGCUCAAAACCACGGAAGCGCCUCGAAUCAAGCUGUCCUCCGUUAUAGACCGAAAGACUCCCGUAACCAUUGAACCAACACCAAAAUCCAAAACCAGCGACGAGAUAAACGAAAAAUCUUCGAAACAACCAUUAGCAAAAAAAUCAACAACCACCGAAUCAACACCAAAGCGAGGGGACUCGGAAGCACCACUCAACUUAGUUGAGCUGAACAACGUGCUUCUCAGCAUGCCGACCUUCGUGCCAAAUUUCACUGCUAUCGAAGAUCCACACUGCCGGGGUCAUGGGAAAAUUUUUUUGCGACAACUACGUGCCUACAAAUUAUGGGCUUUACAAAUGCUGGACUCGAGCGCAAAGAUCCCCGCUGGUUUAUUACGGGGCAACGUCAAUCAACUCGGUGACUUCGACCAGUGCCUUAACGCCCUAGGGCGCAUCAAGCUAGAAGAUAACGUAGUUAAGAUCCAAGGAAAAUAUUGCUUGGCUAAUAUCGAUCUUUAUGCCUCGCAUCCGUCGACCAGUGCUGCUGUCAAUCUCAUACAGAGUCGUGCGCUCAUCAGGGGAAACAUACGUGACCCAGGACAUUUCAUACCGAAAUUCACAACAGUAAAUUGGGCGGUUUGCCUCCCCGCCGCGUGUUCAUCCAAAAACGCUCAAAAAUCCAUCGAAAGAGCGCUCAACAGUUACAAUACAACGAUUGGCAUAACAUUCGUAGUGGAUGUGGAUUCCGACAACUGUUACGUGAAACAAAAACCAUCGAGUUAUUCGAAAGAAACCAUCGGAGUUCUUUACUUUUACGCGAUGUUCGUUUGCCUCGCAAUCAUAGCGACCUUGCGAGACUACAUUGGCAGUGCAAAGGAAAAAGGAAAUUAUUCCGAAAGGAUAAUAAUGGCUUUCUCCCUGAAGAGAACCCUCAAAGCAUUGUUCGGAAAUAAAGAAACAAGCCCCUCCGAUAUCGGAUGCAUCCACGGCGUAAGAGCCUUAUCGACUGCCGCCUUGUACGUGGCGCACAAGCUGAUUCCGACCUCGAGGAUCCCGUACGCCAAUCGGGUACUGCUCACCGAGGUUGCAAGCCACCCGCUGAGCCUCAUACUCCGAGCAUCGCUGUUUUACACCGAUUCCUUCUUACUGCUGAGCGGCGUGCUCACAGCUUACAAUAUGGCCAAAGAGCUGCAGGAUCGCGGUGAGAUACGCUGGUUUUGCCGACUACUCGCUAGAUACAUGAGACUGACUCCUUCGCUGUUGGCUGUUGUAUUCUGGUAUGCUUUCGUUAUGGAGCACACGGGCUCUGGGCCACAAUGGAACGCAGCCGUUAAGGCGAACGCCGAUAUUUGCAAGCGGAAUUCUUGGAUCAAUUUCCUCUACGUACAAAAUUUCUUUCCCUUCGAAGAUAUGUGUGCAACACAUACGCAUCAGUUGGCUUUGGACAUGCAACUGUCAUUGCUGGCACCAGCACUGGUAUUCUUUUUACAGAUAAAGCCUAUUAUUGGCAUUAUAAUUGUCUUCUUUUUACUUCAAGUAUCUGCAACUUUAAGAUACUUUGCGACCUACAAUAACAACUUAUCUCUUGUUAUCUUUCACGGGAUGACAAUACAGCAUCUAUAUAAAACAGCCAAUUUGACCUACACAUUACCUUUGCAUCGUGCAACACCGUAUGUCUUUGGGGUCAGUCUUGGUGUACUUUUACAAUAUUUGGGGAAAAGCUUGCGAUUGAAUAAGAUUGUGGCAUUUAUUGGUUGGUCGAUAGCACUGGCUCUUGGAUCAUGGUCAAUAUUUUCUCCUUGGCAUCUUGCGAAAAGAGAUUACGUUUACAACGUGGAUGAGGCAACGCAUUAUGCAGUUGUCAGUCCAAUUUUGACGGCACUUGCCUUAAGCUGGACGAUUUUUGCUUGUUUCACAGACAAUACAGGAAUCGUUAACAGGAUACUCUCUAGUUACUGGAUGGUAGUUUUCAGUAAAUUGUCUUAUGCAAUCUACCUAUCGCAGUUUGCUGUAUUUUUCUACAACGUUGGGACCACACGAUACGCCUCGGAAUUCCAUCCUUUUAGAGCUCUGAACCCGUUGGAAGCAGCUUGCGUGGUUUUCGUUUCAGUCAUUCUGACUCUGCUGUUUGACAUUCCUAUGCAAGAAGUGAAAAACAUAAUCAUGGAGAGCAGUGACAGUGUAACAAUGACUGAAACCGAUAAACCCGAAGACGACGCGGAAGAAAAUCAUAAGGACGUUAACGGCAUUCCCCGAGAAAGCAGCUUCGAAGACGAGGAUGAGCCAUACCCCGGAGUUUGGAACUGGAAUCGCGGUACUUUUACAAAACUCGCGAGAUCCGAACCUCGAGAAUACGAGGAUAGUGCCGGGGAAGAACCGCCGUUCCGCAGCUCGAGGCUAAAGAGGCAGGAUGUCAGGCGGCAAACGAUCAUUAGGUCGGAUACGUUUUCAUCGGGAUACGACGAGUGGGAUACAAGAGACAACAGCAGAAGAACUUCGAGGUCCGAAGAACCAAUCGACUACAGGAGGAGUAGCCGAGGAUACAGAUUCAGUGGUUCCGGCUUGGAGGACGAGCUGGAAGCCGAUGACUAUGACAUGUAUCCCCGAGAAAGAAUAUAUUCACGUGCCUACACCAAGUCACCUGGACGUGAUUCAGAGUCCACUCUUGUCCGUAGGUCUCACGCAUCUGCUGAACCGGACAUUCCACCGAGGGAGUACAGCAAUAAACCGGUCAUAACCAUAAGUAAGGAUGACGACUACCAAGAGUCACGCUCGUCUCGAUCCGGUGUUCCUAGAUUCACCGAGCAGCAGCGGUCAAUGUCAUCGGACAGUGAGUUUGACCAUAACAGUCGCAGAAGUGGCUUCACACGACACUCUUCGGCGGAGCCCAGAGUCAUUGACGAGGACGAAUGGGAGGAGGACUCGCGCCUCCAACGAGGUCGAUUUUUCCAGGAUCGGUUGAGCUCUAGAGGCUCUCAGGAGCACGACCACGUACCUCCGCCCAUUGAAGAGGAAGAGGCCGAUGACGAGUGGGCCGAUUCAUUGAAACGCCGGUCUUCCGCUGAGGGCAAAAUGGCCCUGUUGAAGGAACCCACCGGACCGGGUAACAUUGCCCUGUGGACCGUGUCAAAGAUCCAUCUCGGCUCGUCUCAAGAACCGGACGACGAGGAGUUCGACGAGGAAGGGUAUCAUCGCAAACGAACGGAGUACCGAGAACAGGGUCCACCUUUGCGAGAGGAACUUGAGAAUCUGGAGGAGUCAUCGACGGAAUCGAGGCGGAGGAGCUUCACCAGUGGCAGCCUACCGACGUCCUUCGAGGACGAAGACGACGUGUCCGAGUUUUCAUUGAAAAGCGACAGCAAGAGAAUCACAGUCCAGGAUCUCAGCAGGACGGUCCAAGAUCUCAGCAGGUUGUCGUCGGAGGAGGAAUCACUGGUUGGAAGUAACCCAAACCAGUUGGACGUCAAGCUGGGUCUGAUAAAAAGAGAGUCCAUCAUCAAAAGUCAAGCCAGCGAAGAGGAUCCGGAAUACUUGAUUCCGGAGCGGCCCAAAUUGGUCGAGCAAGAGCAGGAGCACCCCUUCAAGAAGGCGUGGCAGAUGCAAAAGUCCAGGUCCGAAGAAGAGGGCUCCUCAGCGUUUGUGGUUAGAGAUGUGAGGUCCGCGUCUACGUCCCUGGAAAAGCAAGACGAAGAGCCCGAUGACAAAACGAAUGACGGUGGUGAGACUAGUCGCGAAGGGGCGCAGUCCGAGGGGAUCGAGGCAGCCGACGUGUCGUGCGACGUGACGCUCGUGUGGCAGGCACGCAGUCACGACGCGGAUAAAAACGGUGAUUUUGUCGAAUCGAGGUCGUCAUCCGUGUCGUUGGAGUCUGAUGAAGAAGAAUACGACGACGAGGACCAAAUCGAGGGGUACAGGAGGAAAUCCGAUGAGGAGACCUGGUCGUGGACUGACAAGGACACUUGAACCAGUGGAAAAACACCAAUUUCGGAUCGAGAGUUUGUUAAUGGUUUUUUUUUUUUUUGUACAUGUUUGUAAGAGACUGUAAAAUGCACUGAUGUACGUGUGAUGAGCUUUUGAAUUUACCACUGUUUAGGAGUGACAUGUCUUCCGAGUGUUUUAUAAUUAAAAGCGUGUUCAAGUGAGAAAUCAUAUAAAUAAUACAAAAUAACGAAAAA